AUGACAGAACCCUCAAAUCCGAGUUCAAAAUCGAAAUCAUCAACCAAGAAAACCACUUCGUCCAGUCGCUCGAGAUCCAAAUCUCUCAAGUCUGGCCGCCCACCACUACUCUCUUCCAGUCACCCAUCAUCCCACACCCGUGGCCGUGGUGGAAAUGGAUCUUCAUCGCUUCCUCUUUCUUCAAAACACAGUCGAAUUCUCAUCCGCACAUACCACGUUUUACAGAAACAGCUCGCGCACGCACGGGCCGCCCACGAUACGAAACGGAUCCUUGAGCUCGAGGCCCAACUCACUGCCUCCGGCGGCUUGAAGACAUACCAGCUCGCCAGCACUGUCGGGCAAAGCGCCGAGCGCGGCGGAGAUUCAAGUCGGGUCCUGAUACAGUGGCUACGGUGGGAGAUUGAGAUCCGAAAGCAGCAGUCGUCAUCCUCGAACAAUGUCAACCUCAAACACAGUCCCGGCGCCAGGUCCAAGUCGAUGCCACCGCUAAAGCCACUACGGAUCCUCGAAGUGGGAGCCCUCAGCACCUCGAACGCACUUAACGUUCCGCACGCUACGCGCGUGCGACGUAUUGAUUUACGCUCCUCUGGCCCGGGCAUCGAAGAGGCCGAUUUAAUGACGUUCCCGCUCCCAGACGCUCCGGACGGGAAGGGCCUGUGGGGUGGAGAAAAGGGCUACGAUGUGCUCAGUUUAAGUUUAGUCUUGAACUAUGUACCUGACGCCGGCGGAAGGGGGGCCAUGUUAAAGCGGACGACGAGGUUUUUCUCUUCAAAAUACGAUGAAUAUGCCCCGGAUACUGAGUCCCAGACCACGCCGAGGCGGCAGAGUAGCCACACCAGUGAGAGUACUGGAGCCGACGCCGGGUUCGGAGUCGAGGAUAAACACAAGGCUAUGGCUCAUGCCAGUUCCACGUCCGGAUCCAAGACCGAAUCCGAGUCUGAGCUUGAUAGCGGCGGGAUACGCUUCCUCUUGCCCUGUCUUUUCCUUGUCCUCCCGGCCCCCACGCUGCUGAACUCGCGAUACCUCACACCAGGGCACUUAACCACGAUAAUGUCGUCACUGGGCUACACAAAUCUCGCGGCCAAAACGACGCGCAAACUCCACUACAGUCUGUGGCGGUACGAUCGACGGCGCAGAGAAGAGUGGAUCCGCCAUGGAGGGCCGACGGUGUUUAAAAAGAUAGAGAUCAAUCCGGGAGGAGGGCGGAAUAACUUUUGCAUCGUGCUUCAUGAACACGAUGAUGAAGAGGAAUAA